AGAAAACAACAAAUCAGCCGGUAAAAAAACAAAAAUAGCCAACCGAGCGAGACAGAGGCACACAGCCGGACGCGCACCACGGUACCAGAGCACACACGGAGGUGCCACCGCGCGCCGCAGCCGGAGCAUGGCGACGCCGCUGGCCGGGAAGGGCCCGAUCGCGGCGGCGAUCCCGCGGUCCCCACCCCCACUGGCCGAGGGCGGCGCGGGAGGGUCGGCGGCCGAGGCGCCCGUGCUCAUCUUCGUCUACUUCCACAAGGCGAUCCGCGCGGAGCUGGAGCGGAUGCACGCCGCGGCGGUGCGCCUCGCCAUGGGGCGCGCGGGCGGGGACGUGGCCACGCUCGAGGCGCGCUGCCGGUUCCUCUUCACCGUCUACAGGCACCACUGCGACGCCGAGGACGCGGUUAUUUUUCCAGCACUUGACAUUCGAGUGAAAAAUGUCGCAGGGACAUAUUCUCUUGAACAUAAAGGAGAAAAUGAUCUUUUCGCACAUCUAUUCACUCUGCUACAGUUGGAUGUGCAGAAUGAUAAUGCUAUUAGGAGGGAACUUGCAUCCUGUACUGGAGCAAUUCGGACGUUUGUAUCCCAACACAUGUCCAAGGAAGAAGAACAGGUCUUCCCGUUACUCAUCAAGAAGUUUUCACACGAAGAGCAAGCAGAUUUAGUAUGGCAGUUCUUAUGUAGCAUCCCUGUAAACAUGAUGGCAAAAUUUCUUCCAUGGAUUUCUGCUUCUGUUUCUACAGAUGAGAAUCAAGAUAUUCUUGACUGCCUAAGUAAAAUAGUUCCUGAAGAAAAACUCCUCCAAGAGGUUGUUUUCACGUGGUUUGGAGGGAAAUCAGAAAGCAGUUCUACAUGUGAGUCUAGCUCUGGCCAAACAGAUAAACAUGCACAUUCACUUGAACACACCAAAAUUGGAAAGAGGAAGUCUAUAGAAUCAAGUCAGCUUGUCACUCAUCCAAUUGAUGAGAUUCUGUAUUGGCACAAUGCUGUUCUGAGAGAACUGAGUGAUAUAGCAGAGGAGACUAAAAGGAUACAUCAGUCUGGAGAUUUUUCUGACAUAGCAGGAUUUAAUAUGAGGCUGCAAUUUAUUGCAGAUGUGUGCAUUUUCCACAGUAUUGCCGAGGAUCAAGUUAUAUUCCCUGCAGUGGAUGGUGAAUUGUCCUUUGUGCAGGAGCAUGCUGAAGAAGAACGGCGAUUGAAUAAAUUUAGGAGUUUAAUUGAACAAAUUCAACUAGCAGGAGCCAAGUCAACUGUAGUUGAUUUUCAUUCAGAGUUAUGCUCACAAGCUGAUCAAAUAAUGCAGAAAAUUGAGAGUCACUUCAAUGAUGAGGAAAUAAAGGUACUUCCUAAAGCUAGGAUAAAGUUCUCACCGGAGAAACAGAGGGAACUUUUAUAUCAGAGUCUAUGUGUCAUGCCACUAAAGCUGUUGGAGCGUGUUCUACCAUGGUUUAUAGUGAAACUGAAUGAUGCAGAGGCAGUGUCUUUUCUUCAGAAUAUGCGGUUGGCAGCACCUUCCUCUGAAACUGCAUUGGUUACUCUUCUCUCUGGCUGGGCGUGCAAAGGUCGUCUGGAGGACACAUCCAACCCUGGAAAGUUCGUAUGCAUGGCAUCAGGAGCGGUCACUUGUGCGUCAGAUGGGAAUGGUUUCAAAACAUGCCAGUCACUCUGUCCAUGUUAUGUAAGUAGCAAUGGAGCUUUUUCAAAACCAGUUAAGAGAGCAAGUCAAGGAGAAUCUAGCACAAAUACUGACAGAAAUCAUAGCUCACACAAUGCUGCUACUGAAGCAUCGCAAUGUAACAACAGAGCCUGUUACAUUCCCAGGUUAAGAGUAGAAAGUAGCUACCUUGGUGUUCAUUCAUCUACCCCUACAAAAUCCUUUCGCCCUCUGUCUUUCAAUUAUGUUGCACCUUCAUUAUAUUCAAGCCUUUUCUCAUGGGACACAGAUACACUAGUAUCCGGCCCAGAUAACAUUUCUAAGCCAAUUGAUACCAUAUUCAAAUUCCACAAGGCAAUUCGCAAGGAUUUAGAGUUUUUGGAUUUGGAAUCUGGAAAGCUUAUUGACGGGAACGAGUCUUGCCUUAGCCAAUUCAUUGGAAGGUUUCGUUUACUGUGGGGUCUAUAUAGAGCACACAGCAAUGCUGAAGAUGAGAUUGUAUUUCCUGCUCUUGAAUCGAAGGAGGCAUUGCACAAUGUUAGUCAUUCAUACACUCUUGAUCACAAGCAGGAAGAAAAAUUGUUCCAAGAUAUAUCCACUGUACUAUCUGAACUUUCUCAACUACAUGAUGGUUUGAGCUAUCCUCUUGAUGUUGAAGCUGGAACAAAUGAUAUUUCAAGUAAUGAGAUUGAUUGGGCUAGAAAGCGUAAUGAACUUUUGACAAAGCUUCAAGGAUUAUGCAAAUCUAUCCGGGUCACGUUGUCAAAUCAUGUUCAUAGAGAAGAACUUGAGUUGUGGCCAUUGUUCGAUAAACAUUUUUCUGUAGACGAGCAGGAUAAGAUUAUCGGUCAUAUAAUUGGAACUACUGGUGCUGAGGUUCUGCAGUCAAUGUUACCUUGGGUUACAUCAGCACUUAGUUUAGAGGAACAGAACAUGAUGCUGGAUACAUGGAAGCAAGCAACCAAAAACACCAUGUUUGAUGAAUGGCUAAAUGAAUGGUGGAAGGGACCUUCAACUUCAUCUGACCCAUCAGACAAGGCUUCUACUCCUUCAGAAGAAAGUCAUUUUCAGGAGAAUCUUGAACAAAAUGACCAGAUGUUUAGGCCUGGUUGGAAGGACAUUUUCCGAAUGAAUCAGAGUGAGCUCGAGGCUGAGAUUCGAAAGGUCUCUCGAGAUUCUACUCUUGAUCCAAGGAGGAAGGCCUAUCUGAUCCAAAAUCUCAUGACCAGCCGUUGGAUAGCUGCUCAGCAGAAAUCACCACAACCAAGCGUCGAAGGACAUAAUGGAUGUACACGACGACCUGGAUGUGUUGCUUCGUACCGAGACCCAGGGAAACAAAUAUUUGGCUGUGAGCAUUACAAAAGAAACUGCAAGCUUGUUGCUGCAUGCUGCGAUAAGUUAUUCACUUGCAGAUUCUGUCACGAUAAAGUUAGUGACCAUACAAUGGACAGGAAAUCAGUGAUGGAGAUGAUGUGCAUGCAAUGUCUGAAUGUUCAACCUGUUGGUCCAAAUUGUCAAUCCCCUUCUUGCAAUGGACUGUCCAUGGCCAAGUAUUAUUGUAGCAUAUGCAAGUUCUUCGAUGAUGAAAGGAGUGUCUACCAUUGUCCUUUUUGCAACUUGUGUCGCCUUGGGAGCGGAUUGGGCACUGAUUUUUUUCAUUGCAUGAAGUGCAAUUGUUGCCUUGGCAUAAAGAUGAUAGAACAUAAAUGCCGGGAAAAGAUGCUAGAGAUGAACUGUCCAAUCUGCUGCGACUUUUUGUUUACAUCGAGUGCACCAGUUAAAGGCCUUCCUUGUGGCCACUUCAUGCAUUCGGCUUGUUUUCAGGCAUAUACUUGUACCCACUACACUUGUCCAAUCUGCUGCAAAUCCUUGGGAGAUAUGACGGUGUAUUUUGGCAUGCUUGAUGGUUUGCUGGCUGCAGAACAGCUUCCUGAGGAAUACCAGGACCGGUGCCAGGAUAUACUGUGUAACGACUGCGAGAGAAAAGGCAGGUCACGGUUUCAUUGGCUCUACCACAAGUGUGGUUUCUGUGGUUCUUACAACACCAGAGUUAUCAAGACUGAUACGGCAGAGUGUUCUCGCCCUCUAUAAUUUCUUUUAUGCAAUCCAUUUGUAUAUAUAUAUCGACGGGGUAGAAACCUUGUGACCGUAGGUGUGAUAGUUUUUUUAUAGAGUGAACUGGGGGAGGAACCCCACCUGGAUGUAUUAUGAGGAAAAAGUGACUGUGCACAUGAGGAGUCUGAGAAUUACUCGCUCCCGUCCCAAACUAACUGUAUUUCUACGAUUUGAAAUAUAUUCGCUCAUAUAUUUCCUGUGUUG